ANACUUUUUUUACCUUCAAUUAUUAUUCUCUCUUAUUACACCCCUAACCCUACUCACACACCCCCACCCUCACAAAAACAAAAUCAAACAAUUAAUAAGACAAGUUGCACUUCCAAUUGCCACAUGACUACUAGUCAUGUCUAUAACUCAAAUUGAAUUUGCAUAUCCAUAAAAACAAGGAUAUAAAUUAACAUAAAAUAAUUUCAUAGUUUGUUCCUCCAUUUUCUCCUAUUCUAUCUUUCUUUUUUUAUGGCAAUUGCAGGAACCAUGAACAACAACAACAGCAACAGCAUGAGCGUGAAGCAAGACGAACAUGAAAACGACAUAGUGAUGCCAGGCUUUCGUUUCCACCCAACUGAGGAAGAACUCAUAGAGUUCUACCUAAGACGUAAAGUCGAGGGCAAGCGAUUUAAUGUCGACAUCAUCACUUUUCUCGACCUCUACCGUUAUGACCCAUGGGAACUUCCCGCAUUGGCGGCCAUAGGAGAGAAAGAAUGGUACUUCUAUGUGCCGAGGGAUAAAAAGUAUAGGAAUGGAGAUCGGCCCAAUCGUGUGACGACAUCUGGAUAUUGGAAAGCGACGGGUGCUGAUAGGAUGAUCAGGAGCGAGAACUUGAGGUCCAUAGGACUCAAGAAAACCCUCGUUUUCUACUCGGGAAAGGCUCCUAAAGGAAUAAGAACGAGCUGGAUCAUGAACGAGUAUCGAUUGCCACACCACGACACCCAGCGUCUCAACAAGCUCAAUAAACUCGUUAACAACUAUGUGCCGAAUCUUGUCUCUCACCUCCCGGCGGUGCCUCAAAGAUUGUGGGAUUGGGGAGAUGCCAGCAAGGAUUACACGGAACUUUUCAAGUAA